CGGCGGCGGUGCCGUCGGCAUCCUUCAACAACUGAUGAUCCCUGUUUCCAGCCACGGCAGCUGCUGCUAUUAUACAGGCUCCGACGCUGGAUCGGGGCGGGUGGGAUGCAGGCACCAGUGGACCCAUCAGCCGCAGUCCGAGGAGCAUGGUCUCCCGCCGCCGGCCUCCUCUUCGAUCGGCGGCAAAGCGAAGAGAACCGCCGACGCCGGUCCUGCUGGGGCAGCGACAAUGACAGCUGCUUCCUUGGGCAGCCACCAGCCCAGCUCCAUCGAAGGGAUCGAUACGAAGUCCUAUCUCUGGGCCAGAUACCACGAAAUGAAAAAGCUGGUUUAUGAUCUGCUUCCACCAGGAGUUUGCAAUCUUCUUAACCCUGCAGCUAUCUAUGCAAAUAAUGAGAUUAGCUUGGGAGACGUUGAGAUCUAUGGUUUUGAUUACGAUUAUACAUUGGCACAAUAUUCAAACUUACUACAUUCAAUGAUAUUCAACACUGCCAGAGAUAUCCUAAUCGAACAGUAUAAGUACCCAGAGGGACUUAGGAAAUAUGAAUACAUUCCUGGUUUUGCCAUAAGAGGACUUCAUUAUGAUGUGCACAAGAGUCUUCUGAUGAAGAUUGAUGCUUUCCACUAUGUUCAACUGGGCACUGCCUAUCAGGGGUUAAACCCAGUGCCUGAUGAAGAAGUUAUUGAAAUGUAUGGUGGAACACAGCAUAUCCCAUUAUACCAGAUGAGUGAUUUUUAUGGCAAGGGUCCAUCGAUUAAACAAUUUAUGGACAUUUUCUCUCUUCCUGAAAUGACCCUACUUUCAUCCGUGACUGACUAUUUCAUGACUCAUAAUAUUGAGUAUGACCAAGUUCAUCUUUUCAAGGACAUCAGUGAUGCCAUUAAAGAUGUCCAUGUGAAAGGAAUGAUGUACAAAUGGAUUGAAAAGGACAUGGAAAAAUAUAUUCUUCAUGGAGAUGAAACGUAUGCUGUCUUAAAUAGAUUGGUUAACAACAAUAAAAAACUCUUUCUCAUCACAAACAGUCCUUUUAGUUUUGUCGAUAAAGGAAUGAAAUACAUGGUUGGCAAAAACUGGCAGGACCUUUUUGACAUGGUCAUUGUGCAAGCAGAUAAGCCCAGUUUCUUUACUGAUAAGCGAAAACCUUUCAGAAAAAUGGAUGAAGAAGGUUCUCUUCACUGGGACAAAAUAAACAAACUGGAAAAGGGGAAAAUCUAUAGACAGGGCAAUCUGUUUGAUUUUCUGCGGCUAACAGGCUGGCGUGGGUCCAAAGUCCUUUAUUUUGGUGACCAUUUGUACAGUGAUCUUGCAGACCUCAUGCUACGUCACGGUUGGAGGACAGGUGCCAUAGUUCCAGAAUUAGAAACAGAAAUACGUAUCAUUAAUACAGAACAAUAUAUGCACUCUUUGACCUGGCAGCAAGCUCUUACAGGACUUCUGGAGAGAAUGCAGAUGUAUCAAGAUGCAGAGUCAAAGCAAGUGCUUUUAGAGUGGAUGAAAGAGCGACAGGAGAUUAGGUCACUUGCAAAGAACCUGUUUAACCCCCAGUUCGGUAGCAUUUUUCGAACCUUCCACAACCCAACCUAUUUUUCUCGAAGACUGAUUCGUUUUUCUGAUAUUUACAUGGCGUCUAUCAGUUGCCUACUGAAUUAUGAUGUGAAUUUUACUUUUUAUCCUCGCCGUACGCCUCUACAGCAUGAAGCUCCCCUUUGGAUGGAUCAGCUCUGCACAGGUUGUAUGAAGACUCCUUUCUUGGAAGAAAUGGUACAUAUUCGAUAAAAGGGAUUAUGAUAUGCAUAGUAGAAUCUUAGUUUCCUUUUAGGAGGCUGCUGCUACUAUGUGACCACUGUUGUACUUUUGUUCUGAGCACUUCCUAAUAGAAAGGUACCUGAGAUAAGUGAAUAGAAAGGUGGCACUAAUAUUAUAUCUGAAAUUCUGGUAGUAAAAUAUAUUAUCCAUGCUUGAUUAUUCUCUAAGAAUAAGUUUUAAAUCUGGCAUCUGUAACUUAGUCAGAGCUGUCUUUUUGUGCUGAGAAGGGUUUUACAUGUUGGUAGGCUUGUAGAAAUAGAUUAUAAAUCUAUUUCUUCUUUAGAACUACACAUUUAACUUCCACAGAAAUCCUUGCUACAUCAGCUUUACAGUAUAUGAUAUAGUAAUUUAAAUAGUUCCUAAUCAUUUCACCAAUCAGUUCACAUUCAGUUACAAACUUGAAGAUGCUAACCUGUGUAUUUCUAAAGAACUGAGUAUGGUACAGUUCUGUAUAAACCAGAUAUGCCAUUAGACCACACUCAUUCGUUCAUGUGUGACCUCAUUCAGAUUCACUAUUUGAUAACAUUAGUUAAUGGGAUAUUAAAUAUGCAAUGGCUCAUUUACAAAUUCAAGCCAUCACUUGAUACUGAAUUUAUCAGAUGAUGUAUAUUUAUA